AUGUCUUCGGCCGCGACUCCUGAAGUUCUCUGGGCUCAACGAUCUAGCAAGACGGAAGCAGCCAAGAACUUCAUCUACCUGACCAUCUCCGUACCUGACGUCCAACCCGCCAACCUAAAGCUUCAGCUCAAGCCCCAAGGACUUACCUUCUCUGGCCACUCGGACUCCCUGAAGAGAGAUUAUCAUGUCGAGCUUGAGUUCUACGCCGAGAUUGACGAGAAGGAGAGCAAGAUCAACCACACUGCCAAGAAUGUCGAGAUGGUUCUGCGGAAGAAGGAGUUGAAGGAGGAGUUCUGGCCAAGACUUCUGAAGGACGCAAAGAAGGUCCACUUCCUGAAGACCGAUUUCGACAAGUGGGUUGAUGAGGAUGAGCAAAAUGAGGCUCCAGAGGACGAUUUGGGAGGAAUGGGUGGAAUGGGCGGCAUGCCGGGUAUGGGUGACAUGAGCUCAAUGAUGGGCGGUGGUGGUGACUUUGGUGGCAUCGACUUCUCUAAACUGGGCGGUGGAGCUGAUGCUGGUGACGAGGAAGGUGAGGAGGAAGAUGAUGACGACGACGAUGAGAUGCCAGAGCUCGAGGACGAGGAGAAGGAGGGCGAGGCAUCUUCUUCCAAGCCUAAGAUUGAGGAGCUUUAG